CGCGGAGUUUGUUUUGUUUGGGUGUAUCUGCCCACAGCUGACAGAAAGUCACUCUGCGUCUUUAAGCUACUGUUUUGUGACGGUUUUGCAGAAAAUAAAAUGUCCUUGGGGGUUUUAUUUAAGUGUUUCACUCGGUGAAAGCGGACAAGUGACUCCACUGUGAUUCCAUCCCGACCUGAGACACCUGUUGCUCCAGUUUCGACGGACAGGUGCCACUUUCUCCGGCUCACACACGGAGCAGCUCCGGGUGAGACAGUACCGAAACUUGGACUAACUAUUCAGUUAUUUUUUAAUAAACAAUUUUAUAUUCAGCCGCUAUGAAAGUUACGGUAACUUUCGGGGACACGGCGGUGGUGGUUCCCUGUAAAGCUGGAUGGACCGUCCGGGAUUUAGUCGACCAAGCCACGCGCAGAUACCGCAGGAUUCUGGAGCAGCAUGGGGACAGUGCAGUGAAGACCCACCACUUGGAGUACUUUGAAGGAGGGAUCCUGGACAUGGACGACCUGCUGAGUGAUCUGGUGGAAGACAGAGACAAGCUGGUGGCUGUGUUUGAAACCCAGCGCGACAGGACAGACAGUCCGAGAGAGACCAUGUCCAACGGCUAUUCCAGUGCCGCCCCCAGCCCUGAACCCCUCCACUACUAUUCCCACCUGCAGUACCAUGAGCCAAGCCAAGGGGAGAUUGAAGUCAACGAAGCCAUUCUCAAAGGAAACACACCUCUGUUGGUGAGGAGCAGCAGUGACCCCGCCCUGGCCCCGUCACAUGACAUGGGAGCCACGCCCCCACCUGAUGACCACAGCAACACGUCUCCUGAGCCGGGAAUCAACCAUGUACUGAAAGGAGCUUUGGACCGCCUGCGCACAGACGAUCCCCCCACCACAAUGAGCCACGUGAACUUCAGCACCCUGACACGGACAGUGCAGUUUCCAGGUGACUGGGGACCCCUGGGAAUCCAUGAUCCCUACUGCUCCUCUCUCAGUGGACGGACCCUGGGCCUGCACAUUAAAGGCAUCGAGGAAAGCAGCCGCUCCAAGAAGGAGGAUCUCUUCCGGCAGGACGAGUGUAUUGUCAAAAUCAACGACACAGCACUGCAGGACAAGACCUUUGCACAGUCUCAAGAUGUGUUCCGCCAGGCCAUGACCUCUCCCACUGUGCGUCUUGAAGUCCUCCCAGUGGCCAACAAGCCGCGCUACGAGAAGGGCCUCAUCGGUCAGCUCUUCACCAGUGAAACACCAAAAGUGAAGAGUCCCAUGAUCGUCCGUGCUAAAACUGACUCCCAAGCAGAACCCAAACAAGACACCAAACCGAAACUAGAACUGAGGCGACCAGACACACGUGCCAAGACUCCAGAGCCAGCUGUGGUAAACACACCACCAGCAGAGCUUCAGCAUAGGCACGGCUCCUUGGAGAGAGUGUCUCCAACUCCUCCAGGCAGGGCGGCGAGCUCCUCCCCGACACCCAGGACCAACAGCCAGAGCCCCCUGGCAAAUAAGAGCCCUGGUCCCAGCCUGGCUAACAUUACAAGCAGGAGGGGAGGCAAGAAGAUCAAAAUUGACCUGAAGAAAGGCGCUGAGGGUCUGGGCUUCACCGUGGUAACCCGGGACUCCUCGGUCCACGGGCCAGGGCCAAUCCUAGUGAAGAACAUCCUGCCGCGCGGCGCAGCAGUCAAAGAUGGCCGCCUGCAGCCUGGAGAUCGCAUCCUAGAGGUGAACGGAGUCGACAUGACAGGCCGUAGCCAGGAGGAACUCGUGGCCAUGCUGCGCAGCACCAGGCAGGGAGAGAGUGUGUGUGUGGUGGUGGCACGGCAGGACGACAUCUUCCUGCCUCGGGAACUGAAAGGUGAAGAGGAUGGCAGUCUGGUGUUGGAGGAUGGCAGGGAGCAGCUGAUGUACGAGAUCCCCCUCAAUGAAUCGGGUUCAGCUGGCCUGGGGGUCAGCCUGAAGGGCAACAAGUCCAGAGAGACUGGAGAGGACCUGGGCAUCUUCAUCAAGUCUAUCAUCCAUGGAGGAGCUGCUUAUAAGGACGGCCGGUUGAACGUGAAUGACCAGAUGAUCGCAGUAAAUGGUGAGUCGCUGCUCGGACGCUCCAACCACGCUGCCAUGGAGACGCUGAGACGCUCCAUGUCGUCCGAGGGAAAUGCCAGGGGCACCAUCCAGCUCGUAGUGCUCCGAGCACCAAGACAGAUGAGCAGUGCCAACCCUGCACCAAACCCUACUACGAAUGCCACCCAUCAACCCAACAACCACAUGGUCUCCAGCAAUCAGGAGCCAUGGGGCCAUAUUGCAUAUCAGGGGCCCUCAGGACCUUCCAGACCCCCGACAGAGCCCACCAUGAACGGCGCAAGUCACACUCCAAUGAUGACCAACAAUUAUGGCAACUCUGCAAGUGCUCUGUAUCCUGCUGCAACCACCAACGGCAACUACGGUCACUACGGCAACAACGACGAGAUGUUUGAGGAAGGCUUCCCCCCGCCACCCUCUCCUGGCGCUGUGGAGGAAAUGAAUAGAGACUUACCACUAACUCCCCCACACCAAAGUGAGUUUGAGAGGCAGCCCCACAUUGCCGCAGCCUUCAACGACAAGGAUAACAUCCCCCGCAACAGAGCGUCUAAGAGCAUGGAUAUGGUGGCUGACGAGAGCAACAUGGGAUCACUGGUCGGGCAGAGGAACGAUCCUUCGGCUGCUGGAGCGCUGGGCCCAACCCUGGGCCUCAUGAAGUCCAGCUCCCUGGAGAGUCUCCAGACAGCCGUGUCGGAGGCCAAGCAGAGUCGCAGCCAAGCCCAGGUGCCCUUUCACCGCCCGCGGCCACAUAUGGUCAGAGGCCGGGGAUGCAACCAGAGUUUCCGCAUCGCCAUCGACAAGUCCUACGAUGGACCUUCUGAAGAUGACGACGACCUGUCGGAGCAGAGCUCCGGCCACGAAACACCCGUCAGCAGCUCCUCUCGCCAGGGCUUGGAUGCAGAGGAUGGAAAGAAGAAGAAGAAAACCAAAGGGAAGAAGAAAGAGAAAAAGACUAAAGGAAAGAAGAAGACAGACGAUUCUGUGGAGGAUCUGGAGAAGAAGACCAAAAAGAAAGGAUUUGGCCUCUUAAGGUUUGGAAAGAAGAAAGACGACAAGAGCAAAGAUGCUGCCAAAGCCUCCAGAGGCAAACUGGACGCCCUGAGUGAAGAGGAGCUGGAGAGGAUUCCUGACCAAAGGGACAGCUACUAUCCACGCUACGCCGAGAUCCAGUCCAGCCACUUCACCCCUGAACCAGGUUCCUUCCCCGAUGUGGAAGACGACGACAGCGACCCCAACUACGCCCGCAUCAACAACUUCCGCCAGCCACCCUCACCCCAGCCGUUUAUCAGCCGCACGCCCUCUCCGGCAGCACUGACAGGUGGGCCUAACCCGCUUCUGGCCUCCUCUGAGGAGCUGGAUGGGCUCUAUGCCAAGGUCAACAAGUCCAGACCCCCGCCAGCUCUGCAGAGCCAGCAUCAGACACAGGCAGAAAGUGAUCAGCGUCUCCAGGGGCUGCGUAGGGAGUACCAGCAGGCCCGAGCUGCUCCAGGCUACGACGAGCUAGACGCUGCACGGCGCCGAGUCCUGGAGCACGACCCACAGCGGUUGGCACCCAGAGGUGCAGAAUCUCGACCCAUUCCUCGCUACGAAGAUGUGGACCGACAGUACCCCACACACCCCAGGAGGGAUCCAUAUGAUUACCCCACCUCCAGACCCGUGACAAGAGAACCAGUCCCCUACCCCGGCCACUACCACGACCCUCCCGCCUCCAGCCACCGUGUGCAGCCCCCCCAGGUGAGCACACAAUCCCAUCAGGCCCCCAACAACCAGCGCUACUACCCCUCAUCUCCCCGUGCAGGACAGCAGCACCGUGCAGCAGCGAGACAGGACAUUCCCCCUUCUCCCACUGCGGGCCGCAGAGGGCGGCACUACUACGAAGCUGCUGGAGGGCGACUAGACGGUUACCGGCAGGCCAGCCCUGGCCGCUAUGCCAGCCCAGAGAGAUACCCCGACACCAGGGAACGUUAUGCCAGCCCCGAGCGCUACGGCUAUGGAGACGAAAGACAGCCUGACCCCAGGCGGAAGAACCCUGUGAUAGGUGCAGUGUAAAGGUACUCCUCAGUCACAGACCCCUCUCACAUAAAAAUCCCACAAAGAGUAUAAAUAAAUUCAUGUGUUUCCAGAUUUGUGAAACAUAAUAUCAGCUGUCAACAAGGAUGCCAGUGAGGAUAAGUGAGAUUUUUGCUGUAUUAAUUUAUCCGAUCAUGAACCCUGAAAGAAAUAAGUGACAAGCUGAGAGGCUAAAAUAAGGCUUAUUUUCAGAACCAUCUGGUCAUAACUCUCUCUGCAGGCCAAGACACAUUUAACAAGCGUUUAGGACUGUGCGUGUGUGUGUGUACAUAUAUAUAUACAUGCUGGCAACGGCUUGUGUAUAUUCACAAGUGUGCUGUUUAUAUCAACAGGAUGUUAUUUUGAUAUAUUUUAUAUUGUUGAAAUGAAAUUAAGUUAAGGGCGAUUAAAUUAUAGAACUACAGAGUUAACUUGUUGUAUAGAAUGAAAUCUUUUCCAGCAUUUUGCACAAGCUGAUCAAACUGAAGGAAAUAAAGAGAGAUCACCUUGACGAGUCGGACCAAGAGACACAGGAAACUGAAGUCGACAAACAGGAAAAAGGAAGUAACUCCCCUUCAAAGCAUCUUCUUGUCCUUGAUAUUUUGUCUCUUGGACUUCCUUUACAUCCUGCUAUCACACUUUUUGUAUUUUUUCACCUUAUUUGGAUGUGGACGUGAAUUACAGAUUUAUUUUACAUUUGUUAAUUGUAUAAUUGCAGUGAGUUUGCGAUAUUUUCCUGGUGCUUCUAAUGAAAUGAAUAAAAUUAACCUACACAAAGAA